AUGUCGUCCCUUGCUCCCGGACAUAUUCUCCAAGGCGCGUCUUGGGACUACCGAAUUCUCAACCCUCUCAACGGAGAUAACACGCACACCUCAACCGUCUUAAAAGCUGAAAUCAUUUCCCGAGGCACUGAGAGAGUAUCUAGCGCACCCCAAUGGGCUGUCAUCAAAAUAGCUCCGCCUGGCGACGCAAAUGCGAUGGAGAAUAUGAACCGCGAGCGUCAGACUUACCGCCUCCCUGGUGUCGCUUCGUCAGAAUGCUUCCGGAGAAUGUAUGAUGUGAUUGACCCCAGCACUAUCGCCCUGGAGUGGAUGGACACCACCCUUGCAGAGGUCAAAUACAAGCCUGACACGCGCACCUACUUGCUCAUCCUGUCCCUUCUCAAAGCAGUACUGGCCAGUUGUAUUACCCUGGAGAGCUACAGUUACUAUAAACCAGCCAAUAUUUUGCUCUCUGGCAUCGAAACUGGCCGUAUUACUGCUAAAGUGGCAGACCUGGGACUCGGUGAGCAAGCAGCAAUACAUGGGAAACAUUUCAUUAAUAUGCCUAAAGUAGUUCCGAUCGGCAAUCUGUUCAAUGCCCAGCCAUAUGGCAUGCGCGCCCCCGAAGUCUUCCUAGGCCACGCAUGCUCCGCGAAGUCGCAGGUCUGGGCAGUCGCCGCGAUGCUACUUUGCUGGAUAAAACCUGGUGUUUUAGGCGUGUGGGACAGCCCUCAUCCCUUGCUCAACGAGGCAUGGUCCAUGGCAAAGAUAAAGCGGCUUUUUCCACUCUGGAAUCUUCCAGGUCCUGACAAGGUGGAGCGCCAUUCGCUUAAGGCUGCGGUAGAAUCUGCCGUCUGUUUAAGUAAGGAAGUGCCAGAGCUACAAGCCAUCUCAGCUUUCGACGACGAGUUUCAAAAGGUGGAGAUACCGCAGCAGUUAAAGGAUAUUCUUCGUUUCAUGCUGGUAGCCGAUCCGUCUAAAAGGCCGUCCGCCUCCUCCGUGUUGGUAUCGAGCGAGCUUCAGGCGUUAGCAAACCUUGUAAAUAUCUGA